GAGGUCGAUGCCCGCAGCGCCGGCGAUGGCCACGGAGCCCGAGGUCGCCGCGCGCGGCUCGGGCGGCGGCGGCGAACUCCGCGCGCCCCGCCUGGCAGACGUCACCGGCCAGGUGCAGGCCGAGGCCGCGCUGCAGGUGGCGCCCGAGGCCGCCUACCUCAUCACCGGUGGGGUUGGAGCGCUGGGCCUCGUCUUUGCCCAGUGGCUCGCGGACCAGGGGGCCAAGCAGCUCGCCCUGCUCUCCAGGUCCGGCAGGCCGCCGGCGGACAGCGCGAGGGCCUUCAGGAAGCUGGGCUCCGCCGCCGUGGUGCACAAGGGCGACGUGUCCUCCGCGGCGGACGUCCGCGCCACGAUGCAGGCCGUCGCGGCAGCGGCGCCUCGGCUGGCGGGGAUCAUGCACGCGGCUGGGGGCCUGGACGACCACAUGAUUCCGGACCUGAGCCGCUCGCACCUCGAGGCGGUGUUGACGGCGAAGGUCGACGGCACGCUGCACCUCCACGAGCACUCCUCGUGCCACGACCUGGACUUCUUCGCCAUGUUCUCCUCCGUCGCCGCCAUGAUCGGCUCGGUGGGCCAGGCGAACUACAGCGCGGCCAACGCCUUUAUGGACUCGUUCGCGUCGUACCGCAGGGCGCGGGGGCAGUGCGCGGCCAGCGUCCAGUGGGGCCCUUGGGCCGACGUGGGGAUGGCGGCGCGCGCCGGGACCUCUGAGACCAGCAUUGCCAGGCUGGGCGUGGAGCAGGGCCUGAAGGCCAUGCAGGCCAUACUGGAGAGCCCCGCCAGGGGCUUCUCGGGGGUCAUCGGCGUCGCGCGCAUCGACUGGAAGUCACUCCUCGGGCAGGCACCCGUCGUGCCGAUGUACCUGAAGAAUUUCAAAUCGGCCCUGGCCUCCAGAAAGGGCGGGGUGGCGGCGGGCAAUUACACACAGGCGGACAUCAAAGCGCUCGUCGUCGGCUCCCUCUCAGACGUGCUCGGCACCGACGAGUUCGACCUCUCCACGCCUCUGAUGGAGAUCGGUCUGGACUCUCUUGCCGGGGUGGAGUUCCGCAACCGCCUGGCGGCGGCAUUCGACGGCGUGCAGCUCUCCUCGACGCUCAUGUUUGACUACCCAACGGUCCCCGACCUCGUGGACUACAUUUGGUCGCAGGUCGGCCCCGCGGAGGACGACGACGCAGGAGCGAUGGAGGUCGGUGACAUUGGCGAACAGCUUGCGCUUGCAGGGCACAGUGGUCGGUUUCCUGGAAGUUCGACCAACCACCCUGGAGAGCUGUGGCAGACGCUGCGGUGGGGGCUGGACACCUCGAGCGAAUUGCCGCCAGAGCGCUGGGAUAUCAAUGCCUUCUACGACGAGGACGUCGACGCUCCUGGGAAGACUUACGUGAAGCUGGGCCAUUUUAUUCCCGGGGUUGACAGCUUUGACGGGGAGUUCUUCGGCAUCAGCGAGGCGGAGCAGCGCGGCAUGGACCAGCACCAGUGGCUCACGACCGAGAUUAUUUACGACGCCUUCCACGCCGCGGGCAUGACCAAGGAGACCCUGAACGGGCUCGAGUGUGGUGUCUACGUUGGGUGCGCCACUCUCGGGGGCAUCGAGCCCGACAUCCCAGCGUUCGGGCCCUUCACCAACAUCGGCUACUCGUACUCUGGGCUGUCUGGGAGGGUCUCGCACGUGUUCUCGCUCAGGGGCCCCUGCUUCACCAUCGACACCGCCUGCUCGUCGACCGUCGUUGCGCUAGACUGCGGCAGCCAGGCGAUCAAGAUCGGGCGGGCCAAGUGCGCGGUGGCGGGCGGCGCCAACCUGCAGACCUCGGCGGCCAUCUGGGUCGGCUUCGCGAAGAUGCGCGGGCUGGCGGCCGACGGCAACUGCAAGACCUUCGACAGGCGCGCGGAUGGCUUCGCGCGGGGCGAGGGCCUGGGUGCCGUUUUCGUGCAGCGCGCUGGGGCAAGCGGCGGCGAGGUGCCCGCGUGCGCGCUGCUCGGCGGCGUGGCCGUCAACCACGACGGCAGGGCCGCCACCAUCACCGCUCCCAACGGCACGGCCCAACAGCGGGUGCUCCGCAUCGCCCUGGGCGAACGCGGCCUGCAGCCCAGCGCCGUGUCGUGUCUGGAGUGCCACGGCACUGGGACGGCGCUCGGGGAUCCCAUCGAGGUCGGGGCUCAGAAGGCCGUGUACGGGAAGGGGCGGGCGGCAGACGACGCCGUCGUGCUGGCCGCGCUGAAGUCCAACAUCGGCCACCUCGAGGGGACGGCGGGCGUGGCUGGCCUGAGCAAAGUGGUGCUCAUGCUGCAGCGCGCGAUGGUUCCCCCAGCUCUGUGGCUGGAGAACCUCAAUCCCAAUAUCGACCUGGGCGGCUUCGGCGCACUCAUGCCCGUGGAGCAGCUGGACUGGCGCCAGGGGCCCCACAGGGCGAGCGUCUCGUCCUUCGGCUUCAGCGGGACCAAUGGCCACGCGGUGCUGGAGCGCGCUGAGCGCCCCCUGCCAGAAGGUGCGGCCCCCGCCAGGCUGACCAUGGGGUACAAGCGGCGCGUGACGAGGCCAUGGAACGAGUGGCUGAAGGGCUCGCUCUACUCGGAGGAGUGGGUUGGCGCGGACCGCGCCGAGGCCGCCGCCGCGGCGCCGUCGGGUCGGUGCCUCGUGGUCGGCGUGGGGCCUCUGGCGGAGGCGAUCCGCCGCGAGCUCGUGGCCCGCGAGGUGCCGCCCGCCCUGGACCUGGAGGGCGAGGAGGGCGUGGGCGCCGUGAUCUUCGCAGGCGCGGCCGAGGCCGCCGGCUGCGAGGAGGCCCCCGGCGAGAGUCUCUGCGAGCUGCUGCGGCUCCUGCAGGCGAUCCACGGCGCCAAGGAGCCGCCGGCGACGCUCCUGGUCGUCACCAGGGCCUGCUACGAUCCCGCGCGGGCGCGCUUCGACUCGAGCAGUGCCCUCUGGGGCAUGGCCAGGUCCGCGCGACUCGAAAUGCCGAGGCUCGCUGUGAAGGCGGUCGAUCUGGAGCUGGGCUCACCGGCCGAACAGGGCGCUCGACUGGUUGCGGACGCGCUGGGCUCGCCCGCGUCUGAGGCCGAGACCGCCCACAUCGCAGGGCGCGGCGUGUGCGUGCCCCGCCUGGUGCGGUCGCCAGCGCUGGCCUCGUCGCUGCAGCGGAGCGACGCGAUGAAGGACGCGGGGGUUCUGGGCGCAGGCGCGCACCUCGUGACUGGAGGCCUGGGUGGCCUAGGGCUCGUCGCCGCGCAGGAGCUCGCGGCGCUGGGGGCCCGUACCCUUGUGCUGGUCUCACGCAGUGGCAAGCCAGUCAAAGAGCUGACCGGGCGCCUGGACCUGCUCCAGAGCGUCAAGGGCCUCUCGGUCCGGUGUGCCAAGUGCGACCUGGCCUCCGAGGCCCAGGUGGGGGAGCUGAUGACGGGGAGUCUGUGCAGCAACGGCGUCCCGCUGGGGAGCGUCGUGCACGCUGCUGGGGUCCUGGAGCACUGUGUGCUGCCCGAGCUGGAUCCUGCGCGGCUGGCCAAAACGACGGGGCCCAAGGCCGCAGGCGCCUGGCACCUCCACUGCGCUGGCCAGCGUGCCGCCGCAAACCCCAGCCUCGUGCUCUUCUCCUCCGUGUCCGCCACCGUGGGCCUCGCCGGCGGCGCCGCCUACGCGGCUGCCAACGCGUACCUGGACGCCCUGGCGCUUUGGCGCUCCGAGCGCUGCAGCAGCCUCAGCGUCCGCUUCGGCCCCGUCGCCGAGGUCGGGAUGACCGCCGCCGCGGGCAAGGACAAGCAGCUGGACGGCAUGGCCAUGAGGGCGCUGCCCGUGGCCCACGUGGCGAGCGCGCUGCGCCUGAUCCUCGCCAAGCAGGCCCUGCCCUCCCCGCUGCGGGGGGAGUGCAUGCUCGCGCGCGUGGAUUGGGCGGCCUUCGGCAGGGAGGUCGGCCUCGACAUCCCCCAGCUCGCCAGCUUCCAGCAAGAGGGGGCCUCCGCCGAGGCCGCGCGCUCGCCGGGCGGGACGGCCGCCUCUCGCUGGGCGAGCGUCGCGCCCGAGAAGCGGGGGCAGCAGGUCCUGGCGUCCAUCCGCGAGUCUGCCUCCGGCAUGGGGCUCGACCUGGAGGACGACACGCCGCUGAUGGAGAGCGGCAUCGACUCGCUCUCGGCCGUGGAGUUCCGCAGCAAGAUCUCGAACGAGUUCCGCGAGGUGAGGCUCCCCAGCACGCUCGUCUUCGACUACCCCAGCACCAGGGCGAUCGCCGCCUUCAUCUCCGACCGGCUCGUCCCGAGCGAGCCCCGCGUGGGAGCUGUUGCCGCCGCGUCCGCAGCCGCGGCUGGGCGGUCUCCUGACGGUGCGCCGAUGGGCGGGGCCGAGCUCGCGCUGCUCGGCUCGGCCUGCCGCCUGCCGGGCGGCAGCAACUCCCUCCAGGAGCUGGCCUGCACCCUCGCCCUCGGGGUGGACUGCGCUGUGGAAGUGCCGUACGCCCGCUGGGAUGUGGAGGAGUAUUUCCACCCCGAGGCCCCCACCGGCCUCGAGAUGUACGUGCGGCACGGCGGCUUUGUGGAGGGCGCCGACCUCUUCGACGCGGAGACCUUCGGCAUCAGCCGCGCGGAGGCCGAGGCCAUGGACCCGCAGCAGCGCCACCUACUGGAGGCGUCGCUGGGCGCCUUCGUGCGCGCCGGGCGCCGAAAGGAUGCCCUCAUCGGCGUCCACGGCGGCGUCUUCGUGGGGCAGGACAAGUGCGACUGGAGCCGCAUGCUCACCUCUGCCCACGCUGGCCCUUUUGCGGCCACUGGCGGCUCCGCCUCGAUCUCCUCCAACCGCAUCUCCUACGCGCUGGGGCUCAAGGGGCCCAGCAGCACCGUGGACACCGCCUGCUCUUCCACGCUCGUGGCCGCGGACACCGCCGCCGCGACCCUGCGAAGGGGCCGCUGCGAGAUCGCGGUGGUCUGCGGAGUCAACAUGCUGCUCUUGCCGCAGACGUUCAUCGCCUGCUGCCAGGCACACAUGCUCUCCAAGGACGGCAGGUGCCACACCUUCGACAGCUCCGCCUCGGGCUACACCCGCGGGGAGGGCUGCGGCGCACAGGUGGUCGGGCCGACGCCCAGUCGGGAUGCUGCCGGCGGGCCUCUGAUCGAGCUGCGGGGCAGCGCGCUGAACCAGGAUGGGCGCAGCGCCAACCUCACUUCGCCGAACGGGCCCUCGCAGACGGCCGUGGUGCUCUCUGCGCUCGGGGAGGCUCGCCUCGCGCCCAGCGACCUGAACCUCGUGGAGACUCAUGGCACGGGCACCGAGCUGGGCGAUCCGAUCGAGGUGGGCGCGCUGCAGUCCGCCCUGAGCGCUGGCGCCCGGGCGCAGCCGCUGCUGCUCGGGGCGGUGAAGACCAACGUGGGCCACUUGGAGGGCGGCGCGGGCAUGGCUGGGCUGCUGAAGCUGGCCUGCGUGCUGGAGCGCCGCGUCGGGGCGGCCAAUCUUCACCUCCGGGAGCUGAACGGCCACAUCUUCGAGGACACGCGCGGCUUCGCCGUGCAUUUCCCCGCCGAGCCCCACGGCCUCCCGGAGCGGAGCGCCCCCGCUGCCGCCUCGGUGUCCUCUUUCGGCUUCGGCGGUACCAAUGGCCACGUGGUUGUGCGCUCCCCGCCGGCCGUCGCGGCCGCAGCACCGGCGGCUAAGCGCGUGGCCUUCAUCUUCACGGGGCAGGGGUCCCAGUACGUCGGCAUGGGCCGGGAGCUGUACGACUCCGAGCCCGUGUUCCGGGAGGCCCUGGACCGCUGCGCGCGCGUCCUCGACACGCUGCUCCCCGAGCCGCUGCUGGCGGUGCUGUACCCAGAGGGUGGCUCGGAGGCACCUCUUCUGGACCAGACGCAGUUCUCGCAGCCUGCCAUCUUCGCGCUGGAGUAUGCGCUGUCGCAGCUCUGGCGGUCCCGCGGCCUGCAGCCCUGCGCCGUGCUGGGCCACAGCGUGGGCGAGUACUGCGCGGCAGUCGUGGCUGGCGUGCUGGCCUUGGAGGACGCCCUCCGUCUCAUCGCGGCGCGCGGCCGCGCCAUCGCCGAGGAGUGCGCCGCCGGCGUCGGGGCCAUGGCGGCCAUCUUCGCGUCCGAGGCGGAGGUGAGGGCCGCCAUGUCCCGCCUCCCGGACGCACGCGACGUGGCGGUGGCCGCCGUGAAUGGCCCGAAGGCCACUGUCGUCAGCGGCCGCUCCGAGCAGGUGGAGCGCGUGGCGGCAGAGACGGGCGGCACGAGCCGCAGGCUGAACGUCUCCCACGCGUUCCACUCGCCGCUCAUGGCGCCGGCCCUGGAGCCGUUCCGCCGCGAGGUGUCGGCGGCGAAGCUGGCCGCGCCGAGGGUGAGGUUCUUCUCGACGCUGCAGGGCGAGGAGGUCACCGACGAAGUCACGAGACCAGACUAUUGGGUCGAUCACAUCAAGGGCACCGUGUACUUCAGCGCCGGGAUCGAGGCCCUGAACAAGUCCGUGCGGCCAGACGUGUUUCUGGAGAUCGGCGCGACGCCCGUGCUCGUCGGCAUGGCCAAGCGCUUCCUGAAGGGCGCAGAGUUCUUGGCGUCCAUGGACCCCAAGGCCGGGGGCGACCUGGAGGUGCUCAAGAAGGCCGAGGCGGCCGCGGGCGGCAGGCGGCCCCCGCCUGCCCUGGAGCUGCGGCGGCAGGCCUUCCCCUGGCGAGAGCCGCGGCACCCCCUCGUCAAGAGGCGCGCGAACAGGCCAGACGGUGCGGUGGCCUUCAGCAGCAUGAUCGACGGCCACGUGCUGGAGCUCCUGUCGCACCACAUCGUGCACGGGGAGGUUGUGGUGCCUGGCGCGUGCUACCUGGAGAUGAUCCUCGCGGGCUGCGCCGAGUACGUGGGCAAGCAGGAGGCGUGGUGCGUGGAAGGCCUGGGUUUCGCGAAGCCCCUGGUCCUGCGCCUUGCGGACGGGCGGCUCGAGGAGCCGGUGGAGCUGCGGCUGGUGCUGUGGCCGGACGGGCGCCUGGAGGUGGAGAGCGAGCUCGGCGCGGACCCCGAGGACAGCAUCGUCUCCACGCACGUGGAGGCAACCCUCGUGCGGCAGCCGGGGGGCUGGGCUGCCAACCGGCCCCAGGAGGACAAGCUGGACCUGGAGGCCAUCCGCGCCAGGUGCCCAGACCACGUGGAGAUCGACGCCAUGUACUCCCUGGGCGUGGACGUCGGCCUGCCGCUGCAGCCGCGCUUCCGCGCCGUGCGGCAGGUCCAGAAGGGGGACCGCCAGGGCCUCGCGCGCCUGGAGAUGGAACGCGACGGCACGCAGGUGGGCUUCUUGCUGGGCCCGUCCGUGAUCGACAGCUCCUUCCAGGCCCUCAUGUCCCUCGCGGACCCGGAGGUUGGCCUCGGCUCCCUCAAGAUCCCGCUGUCCAUCAAGAGGCUGCAGCCGACCGGCCGGCCGUUCUCCAUCGCGGUGUGGUCGCACUUCCAGCUCCUCGAGUACACCGAGCACUCCACGGUGUUCCGCUCCUGGACGCUGAACGACGCAGGCGAGGCGCUGCUCUACUUCGAGCACGUGCACCUGCAGGAGGUGCGCGACGAGCACCUCCGGCGCGUGCUGCAGGCCACGGGGCGCGUAGACGCGACGCAGAAGGCGCUCUACUCCACGGCGUGGCAGCCGCUGGAGG